CCGGUCGCCCCGGUGGUCUAGUUGGUAUCCUUGAAACCUUCUUGUAGAGGUCAGGUCAGGGGUUCGAAUCCCGGCGUAAGCGAGAGCUUUUCUUGCAAAUUGAGUUUUUCUCUCGCUUCCGCUCCUGGCCUAGUGGAUAGCGCUAGUUCGUGUGUACACAGAGGGAAGAGAGUGCUGAACUCUUCUCGCAUCAAAAAUCGUAGGCAAAGUACCGCAGGAGGGGAGGGUAGAGAGGAGCUCUUCUGUAUGACCACGGGUUGGAGUAAACCGCACUAUAAUACUAGUGUUGUGAGCAGCGUUGUUGUUUCGUGCCACACCCGCCCAAUCCGUGCUCACGUCCGUCCGUGUUAUUUGUCGUACAGUGCACACGGAAGACGCCCAUCCGUGCAUCAACCCCUGUCGUUCACGUACGACGCGAGGGAGGACGAGGAGAUCGAGGGGGCGCUCGUGACGAUCGAGCACGCCAGCGGGGACCGGACGGAGCUAGGCUGCGUGACGCUGACGGAGAUGUGGCAGUGGCUGCAGUCGGGCCCGGAGGGGGUGCCCACGGACCUUCUUUACCCCGUCGACCCGGCCACCGGUGCGGCCAUCACGACGGCGUCGACGGUGGAGGAGCUCACGGGCGUGUGGCUCGUGAGAACCUCGCUGGCCGUCUCUAACGGCGUGACGAUGAACCUCAAGGGCACCUCGGUGGGGGGCGACUGUGACGAGCUGAAGAUCAGGAGCUCGACGACGCUGAUUCACGCCGUCCGGGGGCACGGCGGCAACCUCGACAUCUACAAGACUUUGAUCCAGAGCUGGGACGAAAAUCUGCUGACGGCUCACAUCCUGGCCGACGACAGCACCGGGGACGAGCCCCGCUCCUACAUCGCCUGCACCAGCGAGGUGGUCAACGAGAACGACACGUGCGACUCGGGUUACGCGAGGGAGGACAAGGGCGAGUGCCGGAUGGACAUGGUGGACAGCGAGCUGGGGCACAUGGGCUACUUCGCAUCGGAAUCCUAUGGGAUCACCUGGAAGGUCCGAGGCUUCUGCGAGGACAUGAGCAACCCGGAGGUGUUCGACAACGUGAACGUCUACGGGGACAUCACGAACUGCGACAUCCACCACAUGUGGUACGGCAUGUACAGCUACGGCCACCAGGGUGGAGUCUGGACCGACUCUCUCAUGCACGACAACUACGUGUACGGGUUCGACCCUCACGAUGACAGCGACUACCUCACCAUUAGAAACAACACGGUGUGGAACAACAAGAAUCAUGGCAUCAUCGCGUCCAAGCGCUGCGACCACGUGGUGAUCCAGGACAACACGGUGGACACCAGCGGCGGGUCGGGGAUCAUGCUCCACAGAAGCUGCGACGACUCGGAGAUAACCGAGCUUCAAGUACAAAGACCCGAUGGGAGGCACGAGUCGCACGAGGUUUCCUCUGUGUGGCCCCGGGAUCAUAGAGAUUAUUUUCAUCUAUUGUUUCUUGGCUUAUUGCUUUCUUCCUUCCAAAUGCCAUCUUGUUGUGGGAUUAUACGCACCCUGGUCCGGGGAGACCCCGGCGUGUUCCGUCCCGGCUUUGUAGGGAUGCGAGGGAACGUGGUUUCCGGCAACGAUGGUGCCGGCGUCUCCAUCGUGGAGACGAGCCGUGUCGUCAUCAGCGAUAACGUCUUCACCGACAACAAGUAUGGGGCGAGGCUUACCGUCGGCUCGACGGACAAUCAGGUAGUAAGCCAGCAAGCUCGCUUGACCACAGGGAGCAGGGAUAUUGCUUGGUAA